AAGGGCUUUACACGUGAGGGUGGAUUUUCCUCCCUCUCCUGGGAGCCUAAUAAGAAGCGUGUGCACUGUGAGACUUUCAAAGGCAGCAGACAGGACCAUGGUGAGAGUGACUUUAACACUGGCCUGAGUUCAAGUCAGUAACUGCAUUCAACAUUGCUUGACCCCACCAACAAGGACAUCCAGGACAGAAAACAACGUGGUCAGAUGGAGAAAAAGCUUUGGAAGGAUCAUUGUGUGCUCCUCAACAAGGAUGAAGAAAAUGAGCUGGAGAUAUUUGGCUACAAAACCCAAGGCUGGCGGAGGGUCUUCUGCACUGCUGGAUACAUCUUGUCCUGUGGGGCUCUGCUGCUGCUCUUUUACUGGAAGCCAGAGUGGGAUGUGUGGGCAAACUGCAUCUGCUGCAGCUUGGAAGAAGCAGACGUUGUUCUGCUUAGAACAACAGAUGAGUUCCAGAGAUACACCCGGAAGAAGGUGACCUGGAUUGAUUUGUCCACAUUGGCACUACCUGUUGGUAGUAACUCAGAUGGUCGUCUGGUAGCUGAUAAAGACUCUGUCAUAAACAGAGCCGUAAUGAAGCCACAGUUAAAGAUAAGAUGUAUCCAGGUGCAGAAAAUCCGUUAUAUUUGGGACUUUUCUGUAAAAGAAUUCAAGAAAGUUGGCUCAUUAGAAGACAGCAACACAUGUCAGAGCAUACACCACAAGUUUGGAGCUGGCCUGACAAGGGAAGAACAGAAGAUCAGGCAGCUGGUGUGUGGGCCUAAUGCCAUCAAAGUUGAAAUUCGUCCUAUUUGGAAGUUACUUUUUAAAGAGAUUUUAAACCCCUUCUAUGUGUUCCAAGCCUUCACCCUCACUCUGUGGCUGAGCCAAGGCUACAUUGAAUAUUCUAUGGCCAUCAUAAUCCUGUCGAUCAUUUCUGUUGGCUUAACCGUGUACGACCUCAGACAGCAGUCUACCAAGCUGCACGACCUUGUUGAGGAGCAUAACAAAGUCCAGGUUACAGUCUGUACGAAGAGCGAAGGUUGCAAAGAGCUGGAGUCUUGUUACUUAGUCCCUGGAGACAUGUUUCUUUUAGAUGGGAAGAAGCUCUCUCUCCCAUGUGAUGCCAUCCUGAUUGAUGGAACUUGCAUUGUGAAUGAAGGGAUGCUCACAGGUGAAAGCGUUCCGGUUACUAAAACCCCCUUGCCCCUUGUGGAGAGUCUGAUGCCCUGGAAAACCCACAGCAUGGAAGACUAUCGGAGACAUGUCCUCUUCUGUGGGACAGAAGUCAUACAGACGAAGGCGACAGGCAAAGGGCCAGCGAGAGCUAUCGUGCUGCAAACUGGGUUCAACACAGCUAAAGGUGACCUGGUGAGAUCCAUCCUCUACCCAAAGCCAGUGAACUUCAAACUCUACAGAGAUGCCUUCAAGUUCAUCGUAGGCCUCUCUGUCAUCGGUGUGUUCGGACUCAUCUACACUGUGUGUGUGUUUGUGUCCCAUGGGAAGCCGGUGGCCGACGUGGUGACUAUGGCCCUCCUUCUCCUGACCGCAGCUGUGCCUCCCGCUAUCCCCGCUGCCUUGACAACAGGCACUGUUUAUGCCCAAAGGAGGCUGAAGAAAAAGAAGAUUUUCUGCAUCAGCCCACAGAGGAUUAAUAUCUGUGGGCAGAUCAACCUUGUUUGCUUUGACAAAACAGGCACGCUGACAGAAGAUGGACUGGACCUGUGGGGCAUCAUCCCUUCCGAGGGAAGCCGGUUUCAGAAAAUCCAUAAGUUCCCAUCCAGCACUCCUCUGCCCUGGGGACCAGUGUGUGGAGCUAUGGCGAGCUGUCAUUCACUGGUUGUUCUGGACAAGAAGAUUCAAGGAGAUCCACUGGACUUGAAAAUGUUUGAGGGCACGCACUGGGAGAUAGAAGACUGCAGCACAGCUCAGGAUGGGGCUGGUGCUCUCAACAUCUGCGUCGUUAGACCAGGGAUGAAGGCCAGCAGUGCUCCUGUGGAAGGAAUAGCAAUCCUACAUCAAUUCCCAUUUUCGUCCGGGCUGCAAAGGAUGUCCGUUGUUUCACAGAAGAUCGGAGAGGAACAGUAUGACCUGUACAUGAAAGGAGCACCAGAAAUAGUGUCCAGCUUUUGCAGACAAGAUACCGUCCCAGUUAAUUUCUUAAAGGAGCUUAAGACAUACACGAGCCAAGGCUUCAGAGUCAUUGCCCUGGCCCAUAAAGUGCUAAACCUUGGGAAGGAUGUAGAUGUGAACAGCCUAGAGAGAGAGGAGGCAGAGUCUGAGCUGGUGUUUCUGGGCCUCCUGGUGAUGGAGAACCGCCUGAAGCAGGAGACGAAGCCUGUGCUACGAGAGCUGGCUGCCGCCCGCAUCAGGAGCGUCAUGGUCACAGGAGACAACUUGCAGACAGCUGUAACAGUGGCCAGGAAUGCAGGUAUGAUCCACACAGGCAGCAAAGUCAUCCUCAUCGAAGCAAAGGAACCAGAGGGCUCCGCUCCAGCUUCCAUUGCCUGGCGAUUGGCAGAAGACUGCAAAGCAAACACAGCUGCUCCCCGUGUAUGUGCUAACACUGAGGAAAAGAUCACCUUGGAAGGAGAAACCUACAACUACCACUUUGCAAUGAAUGGGAAGUCCUAUCAGGUUAUUAUAAAGUACUUCUACAACUUGCUGCCAAAAAUACUGGUGAACGCGACUGUCUUUGCUAGGAUGUCUCCUGGCCAGAAGUCCAGCCUCGUUGAAGAGUUUCAGAAACUUGAUUACUAUGUCGGUAUGUGUGGAGAUGGCGCCAACGACUGCGGGGCUUUGAAAAUGGCCCAUGCAGGGAUAUCACUGUCAGAGCAGGAGGCAUCCGUGGCCUCGCCUUUCACCUCCCAAAUCCCUAACAUCCAGUGUGUGCCGGAGUUGAUCAGGGAAGGUCGAGCUGCUUUGGUUGCUUCCUUUGCUGUGGUUAAAUACCUGACUCUUUACGGCCUGAUUCAGUUUGUUGGUACAGCUCUGCUGUUUUGGCAACUGCAGAUCUUUGGAAAUCACCAGUAUUUGAUACAAGAUGUCAUCAUUACUCUUCUGGUUUGCUUAACGAUGAGCUUGACUGAAGCCUAUCCAAAGCUGGCACCUUAUCGCCCUCCUGGACAGCUCAUCUCUCCUCCCUUGCUGCUCUCCAUCAUCCUCAACGUGUGCUUUACCAUAGCCAUGCAAACCUGCGGCUUCCUUCUGGUGAAGCAGCAGCCCUGGUAUAGAGCAGGAACAAAAUGCUGGGUGUUACCUUACAGACACUGCUCUCCAGGGAACCAGACUGUGCCCCCCACCAGCCCAGGGGAAAAUGCUACCAGCAGUGGUCCCCAGAGCACUGUCCUCAGUUAUGAAGACACAACACUGUGGCCACUGUCUUCUAUCAACUGCAUCAUUGUGGCCUUUGUCUUUUCUAAGGGAAAGCCCUUUCGGAAGCCUAUCUACACUAACUAUGUAUUUUCAGUCCUCCUGGCCCUCCAGCUUGCAAUCUGCCUCUUCCUCUUCUUCGCCGACAUUGAUGCUGUGUACAGUGGCAUGCAGUUUCUUUGCACUCCUGUGAUCUGGAGAGUUUACGUCUUACUGAUGCUCUUGGUCACCUUUUGUGUAUCUCUUUUUACAGAGGACGUUAUCUUGCAGAACAAACACCUCUGGCUGCUGAUUAAAGCCUUGUUUGGGUACCAGUCAAACAGCCAGUACCGAAAAUGGCAGAGGAUGCUGCAGAGUGAUCCCAGCUGGCCUCCUUUAAAUGCAAAAGACAUAGGAGCAAAAAGCACGGACGAGAUUUAUAUUAACCCCACCUAUGAAAACAGUGACGAGGAGUAGGUGAGACCCUGCACCUGGGUGUGGGGUUGUGCAGUGCUGGCAGCUUCCCUGGCCUGCACUGAACAGCCCGUGUUUUCAUCCUUUGAUGUGUACCAGAUUCAGAUGUUUGAAAUCCCUGCACAAACCUGUCCACUCUGGUAAAACAACAGCCUUGACUACCCCAUGGCAACAGCAGGUCUUGGGCCUUGCCAACAUUUUCUACAAAGGCUCAAAAAUACUGAAUACAGCAAAGCAAUGUCUUCUGCGGCUCCACAUCACACUCUCACUCCAUGUUUUGGUCACUGCUCCACCAAAUCCUGUUAAUUCACCCACCAGGCUUGACAGGAUGACAAUCCAAAAUAAGGGACUUUUACUUGAUCUUGACUGCACAGAGGAGCACGUGUGCAAUUGCAAAAUACUGUGUUCAGUGAAAUGCUGCAGCUUCCAAGAACUACAAGAAAGUUCCCCAGAUUAAGUAAUUCCACUUUUCUUGCAUCCCAAAGAAUUAGAUAUGAGAGGGUGCAUAUGCUGCCCUCACCUAGCUCUCCCUUGCCAGUUCUUGCAGACGUAACGCUCUGUGUGUACAGGAAAGGUUAAAGUUUACAGAUUGCGGUACGAGCAGGCUGGGAAGGCUCGUGAGGAUAUGCCCCACUUAAGUCUGCAAAGGCAGAGGACAGCACAGCUGCUGCAUACACACACACAUGACCUCCCCGGGUCGUGCUCUGCCACUGCCAGGCUCUGGCUCACGUUUGUCACAUGGCAGAAAGCAGGGCUAAGCCUUGACUUCUUCCUUUAACUAGGUCAUGCCAAGAAGCAGGGGUUUAAUGUGCUCUGGCAUG